AUGAAGAUUUCCUGGAGGAGUAAGGCCUUGUUCUGCGUUGUGGUCUUCCUCUUCGGCUGUGUGAUGUUCAUGAGGUACCUGUACCACUCCCCGGUCGUCCCACUGGACUCCAAGUCAUCACCUUUCCACCAGACACACACACACCAUAUGUCUCACAGUGACACUCCCUCACCAUCAUUGGCCCCCUACUCUGUCAAAGAGAUUACAUGCUCUGGCAAUAAGACAGAGGUCAUCCCAUCACACCUGUCCCCGUCAUACCAGGACUUCUUACGCUACAGGAAUUGUCGGGCAUACCCAAUCCUACUGACCCCGUUACCUUGUGAGGAUGACCUCUAUCUACUGUUGGCAGUCAAGUCCACAGCUCUGCAUGCAGAGCGCCGUGCUGCAGUGCGGGACACCUGGGGCCAGGCAGGUGACAUCCAGGGUCGACGAAUUAAGCUGGUCUUCCUGAUGGGCCGCUCAGAAGACCAGGUGCAGGGUCAAAGCCUUCAGCCACUGCUGCAGCAGGAGAGCCUUCUCUAUGGGGACAUCUUACAGUGGGACUUCAUGGACCGAUUCUACAACCUGACCUGGAAGGAGAUAGGAUUCCUCAGUUGGUUCUCCCGUACGUGCAGCAGCGCGCAGUUUGUAUUCAAGGGCGACAGUGACGUGUUUGUGAACACAGGGAAUUUAAUUGAGUUCCUGACAGCCCACAAACCUGUGAAUCACCUGUUUGUAGGAUACAUCCACUCCCCCGAGCCGCCCAUCAGAGACAGAGGGUCAAAGUACUUUGUCCCUGUUGAGGUUCACCCGGCCAAGCUCUAUCCAUCCUUUCCCAGUGGCGGUGGAUAUCUGAUGUCACGGCAGACUAUGUUGGGACUGGACGUGGCAGCCCAAAAGGUAGAGCUGUUUCCACUCGAUGACGUCUUUCUGGGCUUGUGCUUGGAGCACAUGGGUGUGAAGCUCAUACACCACAAGGGUUUUCUGACAUUCGGCAUGAGAGAUGACCUGAGUGACCCGUGUGUUUAUCGUGAAAUAAUGCUGGUGCACCCGAGGAAACCGGUAGAGAUGCGGGUCAUGUGGUUGCUGGUGCAAAACAUUGCAGGUGAAUAG